AUUGAAGGUAGUUAACAUCACAGCCAAUUUCCUACCUAGUCCUUAGAACUGAGUCAUACAGCGGAAUUAUUUAUAACCUCCAGCAUCACAUUGCGGUCAAUGCAACCAUUUUAUGAAGACAACCGCCAUGGUUGAAGAUUCCGUCUGCGUCACUGAAUCGUCGCUGUCCAAUGAGUCCGAGGGAGCCCGGACUUCUCAUACAAGCUCCAUGGUGAGUAGCGAAGACCAAGCGGCAACGAAUAGACCUGGUCUUGUGCAACCAAAGGAAGUCGUUGAUCUUACCCUGCAAUUUCUGUCGACGUCUAGCAAUGAGGCUCUUCUGUGCGUCUUCGCAUGUUUGUUAGGCGCAACAUUCGUCCUUUUUGGAAGACUUGGCUUGCUACUGAUUGGGAUCACUAGUGGUGUCGUCUUGCAUGCAUCGUGGGAAGGAGCUGAUUAUGACUCUAUCGACAAGCCCUUAAAGACAACAGGUCCGAAAAGGAGGGAGCUCGCACUGGAUGUAGCUGGCAGACUACUCGACUGGCCCAAACGCGCGGCUCAUGGAUUUGAUGUCGGACAGAAUAGCUUUGAGCAAAUCUCGCCCGAGGACAGUUCCGUCGAUAUUGAUUAUUCUACCUUAGGCCCCGUGACAGCGGCUGCCUUAAGAUCAAUGACUGAUGCAGUAAUGGCGGAUUAUGUGAACUCCUGGUCUAGAGCGAUCUUGCCAUCCGAAACGACAUUCCCCCUCUCCUGUCGGAAAUUGUUAACCGGAUUUAUCUCGUCCCUGUCAUCGCAUCUUUCUCGUAAACGCCCUGCUGACACCUUGCUGGAACUUCUGACUAAUACGUCUUCCCUAAUCAUCGUGUUCCUGAAUGAGCUGUCUGCGAUAUUCGAAUCCGUUGAGUCCUCAGAUCCGCCAGAACAGGUUGUUUUGCGUUAUCUAGAAACAUCCCCAGGGAGUGGUCUAGCGAAUAUCUUAGCGGAAGAACAACAAAGGAAGAAACUCAAUCUUAUAACAGAUGACAUUCUGUCUAGCUUUCUGGACCCAAAUGUCUAUGGAUGCCCGCUUUUGAAAAACUUCAUCCGCGAAAUGUUGGCCAGCGUUCUCUUCGAGUCGGCUAUUUCAAGUCUCUCGAGACCUGAAAUUAUUAAUGGGUGGAUCAUAUAUCUCCUCAGUGAAGGCAAGUCUGAAAUAAUGACUGCAAUAGACGCUGGCGUUGAAGGGGCCCAAAAACAAGGCGUCGCCGCAACCAGGUUUUCUGACAACGUAAACUACCUUUCAUCAAAGGCAGUGGGUGACGCGAUUUCGGACUCCAGAAUCACUGGCAAAGACAUUCAACACGAAUCCACAGACGUCGACAGGGCAACGGUGGAAGCCAAGAUAGAGGCCAAGCGUCUCAGUGACAUGAUUGCAGUGCAUGAAUUGCGAAAACAAAGCCUAGAGAAAGCAAUACAGGACAAUGUGCGAAAGGAUGUGGAUGUUCGGGAUCACGGUGAAAACAGUUUGCCUGCAGACAAUAAAGGGGACGAAAUUCGGUUUUGCGAGCAGUUACAUGGUGAUACAGGCCAAAGACACACUGGAAAUGAAUCUCAGCCUCGACUGGAAGAAGCCUCUGGGUUGCCUCAAUCGCCGCAUUUCGGGAACUUCUCCCCACUGAAAGCGUCAGCGGAGCCAUUGACUCUUUACGGUGCAUCCAUAACGGUAGAAACCGACUCUGAUGUCACAGGGAAGGGGCUACUUCGCUCAAAACCGACGUCGAGUUACCUGAUCCAAAUCGAACCUAUAUCAGCACGUUCUACGGGUUGGAUGGUUUUCCGGAAGUAUGAUGAUUUUGAACCGCUCCACGAAACCUUGGAGGCUAUCUCGAGAUUGCACAAGAUCCGAACAUUCGCAGAAGACCACCCAAUUGUACCUCUGUGGAAAGGCCAGACGAAUUCGGAUUUGGCCAAGAACUUAGAACGUUAUCUUCAAGGUGCUCUUUGCCACCAGUCUCUGGCAGAAAGUGAAAGAAUGAAACGAUUUCUUGGGAAAGAUGAACACCUCGGAUCUGAAUCCACCAAACCUUUCAGCAAAGCUGGAUUCCCCUUCCCAAGUCAAACCGCACUUGGGAAUGUAGGAAAGGGAGUUUUAGGUGUGUUAACUAGUGCACCCAAGGGCGUAUCAGAAGGUGGAAAGGCCGUCUUGGAGGGCGUGACAGGGGUGUUUGGCGGGGCCAUCAGUAAAAAGCCUUCACCAGAUCUGGUUGCAGAUGAUAGAGUCAGUCCUUUUGAUUUUUUCCCACAUCAAAAUGAGCCGAUCAAUCUCGGCUCUCCGGAGGAGUUCGAGGAUUCUGCAAGAACAGCGACCGCGCUCGGGUCGAAAUGCCCUACGCAAGACCAGCCUCCUUCACCGAAAAUAAUUGACAAGCCCGAUCUACUUGUUGAGGAAACGAGUUCAGAAGCUACUAAAUUUACAAAGGAUCUUUCAAUGCUUAUGCCUGAAAGUUCAGUCCAGACUGCGAAAUCAGAACCUAUGACUCCUUCACACGCGCCUUCCUCCCCUGGGCACAAUAACCCAACCGACCUACCGCGUGCUCUCAAUGGGAAACAGCAGGUUUCUCAUGCAGGCAAAGGGCAGGUGCCAGGCGCUGGAUUAAGUGACCUCAAGAGUCAAACCAGUCCUAUCACGCAGGAAGAGACCCGUAUAGCAGUGGAACUCAUAUUCGCGGUAAUCAAUGAACUAUUUACUUUGUCUUCGGCCUGGAACAUACGUCGAACUCUAUUGAAUGCGGCCAAAUCGUACAUUUUGCGGCCCGGUAACCCUCAUCUGGAGACGAUCCGUGUGCUACUACAGGAAUCAGUGAUCGAUUCUCAUACAUCGGAUGAGGCAAUUGGGUUAUACCUCAAUAAAUUGCGAGAAAAUUCCCUUCCAACAAGGACUGAACUAGAAAACUGGCCUUCUCCCCCGGAUGAUGUUGAAAAAGAACGCCUGCGAGAGACAGCUCGCAAAGCCUUCAUCCAAAGAGGCCUACCGCAGGCACUUACAAGCGUUAUGGGGGCAAAUGCCAGUAAGGAAGCUCUAGGGAAGGUCUUUGACUGUCUUCAGGUUGAGAUCGUUGCUCGGGGAUUUGUAUUUUCUCUCAUCUUGCAGGGUCUGAAGGCAGCUAUUCUCUAAUAUCGUACUAUCAAGAUCAAGGAUAGAACACUGGAAGGAUUUCCUUUCCACGAACUUUAUGAAAUUACGCUACACGGUAUUGAUUGUGAGCACGGACAACUUGAGCCGGCAUCGCACAUGUACAUUGGCAUAGCUGUCCCUCUCUAUUGCUUCCUAGUCUUGUACUA